AUGAUCCUCAUCAACGACGGUGGAAUCGCCCUUCUCACCUCAUACGACGGCCUACAGUACGAUCUUUCCGCUUACUGUCAAGGCGUGUUCCGGGAAGCCAAUAUGUUAAGCAGCGAAGUCAUUGUCCAAUGGUAUUGCACCGACCACGUAUCACUUUUCGCUUGCCAUUUUUCUCGGGCGAAUCGGAAGUCUCUGGAAGUGGAACAGCUUCCCAAUCACCAUGGGACUUCUUUCACAUUACCUCUAUCAACGAGAGCUAUGCCACAAGCAAUGGAAGUAUCAUCUAGACCCGAAGUAGCGGCGCUGCAGAUAAAUAACACAUUCUCUAAACGACAUACAAUCAUAUCCCUCUUCGAUAAUGGCGGAAAUGGCCUCAACAAAACCACCCGCGACUCCUCCGGAUGCGUUCUAACCAGAUACGAAGGAAACAUGCAGAUAUUCGCCAAUGGGGGAGUCUUCCACAGCGACGCGGUUUGGUUCGUGCAAUACAGAUCUACAGCACUGAACUACAGAGCUUAUUCGAACAACUGGGUGCUCGCUGGACAAACCCACGCUUGCAGCGCCCAUGCAAUCAGAAAAUAUCACGACGCCGCUCAUCGCAAAUUCCCGCAAGGACGGUUCUGGGACAGUAUGAAUAACGAAGGGGAUUUGCACUUAUGGGAAAUGUAUCUAAAAAUAGAUUCGAAUCGCGGUGAGCAUCGCCAAUAUACCAACCGUUCAUUUUCGCCGAAGCGCUUGCGGAGAGCGGUAUUAGGGAAUAGUUCGCUCCUGGAAGUCAAUGGGAUUGAUGGGAACGGGAUUGGAUUGCGCUGGAGAAGUACGCCGUUGAAUAACAGUGUUCCAACAAGAUCAUCUGCGAUGCUGAAUUCAACUGUACGCUAUUGUAGCGUCAGGGACUGCGGUGGCGGCAAGCUCGAGCAGCACUGGCACAGCGAAAGAGAUGGCUGUGUGUGGUAUUCUGCACCCCUUGUUGUUGCCAUCGUAUUCCUUACCCGUCCUAUUGACUCAAUAAAUUCCACGUCGCCUCCCAUCUCCCACCGGUCCCAUGGCGCCGGAACCGAACCGAUGUCUCUGCUCUAUCACAUGCUACCGAAGACCUUCGACACACCAAACACGAACAUCCGGAGGACGAUCCAAUUCAAAGCUCAAAGAUUGAAGUCAGAUAAGCUUUGCCCUCAUUUGUCAAAGGAUGUCUCCAUAUGGAACGCCUUCAAACGUGGACGUGAGUCUCGCGUAGUGGACGGACUCAUUGCCACUCAUAUCACUAAGCGCCACACCAAUAUUUUCUCCCUUCGGCCACCCCGAACAAGGGUAACAGCGCGCCUGGCAGGAUGCGGUGCGGGGAAGAGAAGAAAUCUUACGAGUUUCACGAAUGAGUUUGAGAAACAGGGACCUGGCGAUCGAGCUGCCCCGGAUCCCGUUGCCCGGAAACGUGGCUUGUGCCGGCGAAUAGUUCGAAGGCCCUGCCUGAAGGUCCCUUUCUCCGAUUUCGUGAACAGGUGGGUACGGACCGUCAGUUCAGUGCAAUUCGAGGUUAGCGCGUUGAGGACUUUGGGAAAGUUUUUGAAGCCGAAGAGCCGAAUUAUAUGUACGACCAUGUAUAUGUUGCUGAAGGCAACUGGACAGAACGUUUUCAAACGAAGCACAAUGCCGCAGGUCUUCAAAGUCAAUAUCAAUAUCUUCAGGCUCAAUUGGUUUGGGGAGACCGAGGAGGGAGAAUGUACUCCAGAUAAUAACCUAGCAUGGGACAUGACAGGAGAGUAA